GAAUAAGAAUAAGGAAGAAGCACUUCUCCAAACUUAUGAUAGAACGUUCAGUCAACUGGGCGUCUCUUUAAUCGCAAAAACCUAUGGAUACGCAAACAUGUACAAAAAUCUUGAUCAUGAAGACGUGAUGCAUGUGGAAAACAAACUGGGAAAGCUUGAAGAGCAAGCAUCAAAAGUGGUCAGAGAUAUUAUGAAGGCUUCUCAAGUGGAAAGUCAGAUUGUUUUGCUUAGGAGAGAUCUUGAAGAUCUACAAAAAUUCAUGCAACAGCACAAAUUACAAAUUGCUCAAGAAGUGUGGUUACAGAAUAUCCGUGAAAUACUAGAGACCCCACAUGAAGAUAUCAAAGCCGACUUGCGAAUCUUUCUGGCAGAUAGGACAAUUUCGACAUAUGUGGCAACUCCGAAAUAUGUACCAAUUAAUGAAUAUGGUCGUAGCACUGACAGAAAUAUGUUCACUGCAUUUGACUCGUAUCUAAAUAGCAUAGGCCUCGAAAGACGGGACGAUGACACAUUUACCUUUCCCUUUGUCAAAGUCACUUCGGCCACCGUUCAUCUCGUAAACUCUUUCUUGCUUAAUGAGGCUAAACCAGACCUAGUUCUGACUUUCCUUUCCCGUUCACCAGGACUUCUCGACUUUGAAAAGGAAAUUAUUCAUGGUGUUAAACAAAACUCACGAGGAAAACUUGAAUCUCCGGAAAAACAUCUCAUCUAG